GCCUCUCCUUCUUUUUCUUCCUCUUCUCUUCUAGCAGGCCCUUUCUCUCUUUCUUCCUCCCCACCCCCUUCCCCAUGGCGACUCCCCUGACCUCAAUCCUUGGAGGCAGUUGUUCCCAACCCCAGCCUCUCUGCUGCCUGGGAGCCAAUCACCACUGCAAGAGAGGAAGCUGCUACUGCGAUAAAUUCUGCCGUGUGGUAUCAGACUGCUGCCUAGACCAUGGGACCCUCUGUAGCCCUGGUGACCUGCAUGCAGGCUCUCUUCCACCCGUGGCACAGCUGGAUGCUGUAACCGACAGAGCCUCUCACACUCCCAAGAUGGUGCUACAGAUGGUGCUGAGGACAAAGAGUCCACUUGACUCAGCCAGGAACAAGCAAGAUUUGGUACAAAACAUGGUUCUGCAGCUCCUCCAUACCCUCUCCAGAAGGCCACUCUCGGUAACUAUGAAAGGAAUCAAGAAGAGAGCCUGAGUCCACCUCCAGCCAUUGCCAGCAGGACCCAUGGAACAGAGGUCACCUUUGGUUUGUUGGGGCCAACGUGGCUGGCCCAGACCAGGGAUAUCUGUCUCUCAGCUGCCAUCCGAUAAGUCCCCCACAUUGGCUUAGCCUGGGGAGAACUGAAACCUGGAAUUGUUGUAAACAUAUUUAAAAUUAUGAAUUAGCCAUAAAAAAUUACAAAAAUACAUCUGGCUCAUAAUA